AUGCCAGAUGCCUCACAGAGACAGCUCAACCCCUCAAGCCCGAUCAAAACGCGACUGCGCUCAGGGAAGCGCGUGGGCCGACCCCGCAUCGAGGUCGGUGGCCCGGCAAUCCUUUCGGAAGACCGGCGCACGCAGAUUCGGCGCGCCCAGAAGACAUACCGCCUCAAAAAAGAGGCGGUCUUCCGCCAAACCCUCGAUCGCGUCACGGACUUGGAAGCGAAGCUUCGUAGGCUGUCAGACCAGGUCUCCAGCACUUGCGAGGCUGCUACUGAGGCGCGGCUGCAGUUGUCUCAUCCGGAUAUCUAUGCCCGCCUGACGCAAAUGCGCGGGGUGUUGAUCGAGCAGGAUGCUUCUCACGGUUCAGCCUUUCAAACUGAUUCCUCUCGCAUGCAAACUCAAAGCAACUGGGAGGUUCAGCAGGAGCCACUAAAUCCGCCGCGGAGACGGCAGCAUUCAUUACCCCGGCCCAUCUCGACCAUGGGUCACACCUACUCGUGCCAGGAAGGGCGCUUCGCCCGUAGACUGCAACGAUACUGCCUCGAGCACGCAUUCAACCUGUUUAUCGAUCCCCAGUCAAAUCCCCAACAAGUGUACCGCGUAUUCCGUCUCGUGCCCUGCAUACAGGACAAAGCCAAGAUGCAACCGCGAUUUGAGCAAUUGCUACGAGGUGGAUCCGAGUCCCCACUUGAGGUUCCCGGCCUUCCAUUUUAUGGUGUAGGUGGAGCAGGUACGCAUUAUCCCGACAAAGAUGAAUUCGGCAUUCCAAUGCAUCCGAAGAAUAUGAGGCUGCCACGUCGAGUGCUUGGAAUCCUUCCAAGUAGCGGACGUGGGGAUGAGUUGACAUCAGUGGAUGAUCGCGCUCGAUUGCUUGAGAUCUGCGGGCUUGGGGGGCAGUGGUUCGAUAGUCGGGACGUGGAAGGGUAUCUUAAGCAGCAUGGGGUGGAUCUGCAGGGGUCGAGCUUGUUUCCCACGGUACGCAUAGUAGAUGAACCAUCAGGGCGGAUGCGCUCUGAGCAUAGAUCCUAUGCGUUGGAUUUGGAGAACUUUCUCUGGAGGCUUCUUCAUGGAUUUGUCAUUCUCGGGCGCGCUCCCGGGUUCAGAAUGAUCGAUGUCAACGCCGCUUUUCAUGCCUCCUUACGAUCCUUGGGCUCAGGAGUACCUUCACCAAACACAAGCACCAUGGUAACCCUCCAAGAACAACUCGCCGUCAAAGCGCUCGGCCUCGACCGAUUCAUCUCGUGCCUGCCACCAACGCGCAUGGGCGACCUCGCCGACUGGGCCUACGGCGGCAACAUCCUCGCCAUCGCCAUCAGCGCAGCCUACGCCACCACUAAACCCGGCCACCAUCUCUACUCACUCACCGGACACUUCGUCCGGCCCGCGAGCCCCUACCUCAAGCUUAUCUGCCAAGUCGAACGCAUUCGGGACACGCGGAUCUUCCAAACCCGACAUCUCCGCGUGUACCAGGAAAGCCUCACCGGCGAGCAGCUAUGUCUUGUCGCAAGCGCCGACUUCCACAUCGAGGAGACGCUCGAGAUGGUGAAUUACUCCACUCGUCCACAUUCCACACACGCCGGUGCUGUUCCAGCUGCAAUCGCCAGAGCACCAGAAUCAGGCCUGUACAAAUACCUCAACCGGUUUAUGGAAACUGAAGGGGAUAUCACUGGCAUUAUUUCGGCGGAACGCUUCCGCCUGCAGACGCCCCUUGGGAGCGAAUCCGCUCAGCUCGCCGCGCUGGCGUUCUACAUGGACCGCGGCCUCGCGUACAUCCCGGCCAACCACACGGGCCGGAGUCUGCUGGAUGCGAGUGCCUGCGCGACGUUGGAUUUUGCGCUGCGGGUGAUGACGCAUCGAGUUGAUGUGGGGGAGUGGAUGGUCAGUGAGCAACAGACUUGUGCGGCGGGGGGUGCGCGUGCAGUUAGUGAGGGGAGGGUCUUUGAUGAUAAAGGCAGGUUGGUUGCUGUGAUGACGCAAACCACGAUUCUGAGGCCCAAAAUGGGUGGGAAAGCGAAGGUUUGA